AUGAAGUGGCGAGGGAUUACAGUGGGUGUUGUUUUAGGAGCGUAUGAAGCAUGUGCCAAGAGCCUUGCAGGCAAACAGACCAAUGACGGAGAUCUCAUAUGUGAUGAUUGUCCGAUGCCGCCUGUCCGUGUUUGGAUCAAUCAAGAUGGAGCCUUCGGGUUGACUGAUCCAGUAACGUACAUAACUGAAGUUUUGAACAAGUUAAACUCCAGUAUUGAUGAUUUUGAUUUUGGUGUGUCUUUGUUCAAUGACCGAUUUGAACCCUGGUGUUAUUUGUCCGUGGUGGACAUGGGAGGGAAGGCGGCGUUUGACGAGAAGGUGUCGACGACUGCAGCCGCCCUGUCCGUCCACAGCUCGUUAGGAAGCCGAGGCUGGCCGGGAGACGCGCUCUCGGCUUUGCCGUUCGUGGCGAAACACCAAUUCGAUGAGUCAGAAGAUACCUUAAAUGUGUUUGUUGUAAUUACAGAAGACUGGGGCAAGUACCACGGAAUGGACUGCCCCUACCAUGGUACCCACCAUGAUACCCACUAUGAUACCCACCGUGACACCCAGCAUGAUACCCACCAUGUUACCCUCAAACAUAACGGCAUCCACAAGGACCUCGGUACCCGUAAGGGAACGGAAUGCCCUUUUUGCUCCCGUUGGUCAGAAGACGAACAGUCUGUCUUCAACAAGAACGCCCAAGACGCCGUUACCUGCGACUCCGGCGUCUGGUACCCCACCGUGGAGCAACUCGUUCACGCCAUCAGGACCUACAAAGUCGUUCCGCUCGUCCUCGCCGCCGAAAGCAAGGUCGACUGGUGGGUUGACCUCUGGGCAAAUCAGGCGCGGCUGAGACACAACCAGUUCGCCGUCAUUCCCGUCGACACGGACUCGGUCGGCGACGCCGUUCUGGCCGGAAUUAAAACGCUCACGGACGCGACCUCCCGCAACCUAGUCACCCCGACCGAAGAAGCCACCACCGCCUCUCAACCCCUCACCCGGCUUCUCCCCACCACCGCUGAUCUUCUCACCGACCCCCUGACCACUACUGAUCUUCUCACCGACCCCCCGACCACCACUGAUCUUCUCACCCACCCCCUGACCGCCGCUGAUCUUCUCACCGACCCCCUGGCCACCGCCGAUAUUCUCACCGACCCCAUGACCACCGAUCUUCUCACCGACCCCCUGACCACCACUUUUCUUCUCACCGACCCCCUGACCACCACG